AUGGACUUCGAGGCACGCCUGGUUCCUUGUGGAAGCGACGGUGAUGCUUUCAUUGUUACCAUGUGGCUCGAUUUUGGUUCGGGUCUCGUCGGCGACGAAGAGCAAUGGUACCGGCAUGUCGAUGGUCCUGUUCUGUGGACUUGGGACCACCACACGCUUCGACCCCAAGGCAGAGGCAAGACGGCCAUGGCGCAUGAGCGGAGCAAAAGAUUCACCUAUCAAGAUCUGACCCGCCGGAACAAUCAUCUUCUACACCGACAAGCGUAUGAGCAACAGAUGAAUCGAGUGAUCGAGCGAGAGUGGAUACUGCAGCACAACUACCGAGUCCCGUAUCUGAAAACGAACCUAGGGGGCUGUUCCACCCAGUAG